GCCAAGGGUGUUCUGCCGCGCCCCUUUAUCUACCUACCUACAAGUUCCAUGAGGUGAUUCGAACAAAAGUGCCACAUUCUGAAGUUCCAAAAUUCUCACAAUACGGGUUUUGAGUAAAUUUACAAGACAUCUUAUUAAAAGCCGUGGAAAAAACCCAUUUUCGCAAUAUAUCUUGUACAGUUUUGACACAAUUUGCAGGAAUUUUUGCCCGAAUUGGAGUUUUUAAAUACAAUUUUUGAAAAUUUGGAGAAAUAAAAGUAUUUGUUACAUUCAAAGUAUAGGGUAACUGUGAGAGUGACACGUCGCUAGACAAAGCUAGAAAAGUGCAUCACUAUUUUUAAGAAAGAUAUAAGCCAAAAGAUAUAAGACAAAUUCAAAGACUGAAGAGUACUCGAGUAAAAAUUAAUAUUUUUCAUUGUUAUUCAGAUUAUUAUAUUGUGAGUGUACAACUCUUUAUCUUUUGUAAUAAAUCUUGUAAAAAAAUUUGUUGAAGUAUUUUUCUUAAUAUUAAAAAACAGCGAAGAUCGUUUUGCCGCCCCCAAGACGUUGCGCCCGCGGCGACGGCCCCCUUCGCCCCCCCUAGCUACGCCACUGUAUGUGUAUUUAUAUAUAAACCUAUAUCUGCUGAAAUACUUCCGUUCUCAUAUUCACAAUUAAAACACCCAAGGAGAAUUAUGACAGUUUCAAGGUUCUUUGCCAAAAUUUAAUAAUCAACUACUGUUUUUUUCUGGCCUUUAUGGGAGAUCAGCCAUCUAUCUUAGUCCUAAGUCAACGUAUAAAUUAAAGUCCACAACAAAUUCUAAACAGAUAAGUUUUACAAAAACUAUCAAACUUCUUGAAAAACAAAAAAAUAUAUACUUAUAUUCUAACUUUUUAAUAACUAACCUAUAAAUAUAUGCAAAAGUAUGUAUCUUUUAAGUGAGAAAAAUUAUUUUACCCAAAUAAAAAUAUAUAAACAAAUAUGAAUGUAAAGAAAAUGUGUAUACCAUUAUGACUACAUUCUUACAACUUAAAUUCUGAAGAACGAAUGAAAAUUUUAGUCAGCCAACAAGUCUAACCGCCGCUACCGAAACCAAAAUAGUGAUCAUUGAUUAACCACCGAGCGACAGUAGGUAAAAUGUCGUCCAACUCACCGCCACCGCAAGGAGGCGGCCUACGACCGCUGAGCGCCGCCGAUAGUGCGACAACUUCAUCGCCUUUUCGUUCGCUACUCUCAAGUCCAAUGUUGUCACGGCAGCGUGCCAAUCUCGCAGCACGCACCUCAUCGACUUCAUCGGUUUCAUCGCCCGCGUCUCCACAACCACCGCCGCCACGACCCGCUUCCGUAUUGCCAAGCUUUCUUGGCAGUCCACUUACACCGCCGCCACCGCCAGCACCUUCACACUCGGCAACCGGUGUGGAACAAGGUGACGACAGUUUAGCGACGCGCGAACACGAGUCUAAAGCAAACCGCUGCACUCCGCUGUUGCGUGAGGAAUCGCCAAUACCACCCGCAUGCUCGACCACUGCACACACGCCAACACCUGGUGGUGAGAACAUUGGGGCCCGUGUCAUAUCACCCAGUGGCACUAGUGCUGUUGGGGCGGCUCAAGCCAUCUCACCGCAUUCGUCAACUGGCUCGACGGCCACUGUACCGCAACAAUUUUGUCUGCGUUGGAACAAUUACCAAAGCAAUCUAACGAGCGUAUUCGAUCAGCUCUUGCAAAGCGAAUCGUUUGUCGAUGUGACCUUGGCUUGCGAUGGACGUUCAAUUAAGGCGCACAAAAUGAUACUCUCCGCGUGCUCACCCUACUUUCAGAUGUUGUUUUCGGACACACCUUGCCAGCAUCCCAUUGUUAUCAUGCGUGAUGUCAACUGGUCCGAUUUGAAGGCGAUCGUCGAAUUCAUGUAUCGUGGUGAGAUCAAUGUUAGUCAAGAUCAGAUUGGUCCGCUUUUGCGUAUCGCAGAAAUGCUGAAGGUACGCGGACUGGCGGAUGUUAGCGCGGGUAGUGUGUCCGCAGAAGAAGCGGCCGCGGAACGUUUACUGAAAGAACUGCAUUCUCCAUCCAAAUCGUGUUCACCAAAGCGAGGCGGAGAUGGUGAAUCUCCAGCCUCGAAACGUGAACGUAAGGAUUAUCCUGAUCCGCUUGCGGAAUCAGAGGAGCCGUUAUCUUUUCUGGACGCUGAGAAGAAGUUGCGCUUAGGUCGCACUGACUGGGAUUUCAGUACUGCAACUAGUGGCAGCAACACCAGCGGCGAUAUUCUCGGUGCCAAUAGCAAUCUAGAGUUACGGCUAUCUCCUCUACUCUUGCCACAACAACAGCAGCAGCAAGCUUCGCAGCAGCAACUACAACAACAACAAUCACGUCACGUACGUAAACGACGUUGGCCAUCAGCUGACAUGAUCUUCAAUCCGCCACCAAGUCCCUUAAGUGGUCUUAUUGCGGCCGAACGAGCUGAACGCGAACGGGAGCGGGAACGUGAUCGCGAUUGUACAAUAAUAACACCGCCUCAAACCACAUCAGCUGCUGGCACAGUUCCCUCCAGCACAACGCAAUCAAGCGUGCGUAGUACAUCACGUCUAACACCUUCAUUGCUCGAGACCGCCACUCACUUAGACCUGCCCUCACCGUCUACAACACCGGCACCAUCUCUCUUGCGUCCUAUGCGCACACCACCUGGUGUCGCUACGCAUCUGUCGCAUCAACAGUCACAACAACAAGCACAUCACCAGCAACAACAACAGCAGCAACAGCAAUCACACCUUCCCGGACAAGCCCAGUCACAACAAUCGCAUCUCCUGCACUCACAUCGCGCAUCGCCUGCCUCAUCAGCGGUGACGCCUACACACCCGUCCAGCUUGAUUAGUGGCCAACUCACAGCUACAACCGUGGGUAGUAGUGGUGUGAGCGGUCGUUCAGAGCAGGGUGGUGGCUCUAGUGACUCGCGUUUUGCGCUGGGCUCUCAAGCGGCUGCGAUGGCGGCGGCUGUAGCUGCACAAAUGGACUUGGGAGCAAUGGGCAUGCCACACGGUAGUGCUCCACCGCCGACGCAUGCCCCACAUCAUCACACUUCCUCACUGGCCGAUGAUCUAGAAAUAAAACCGGGAAUUGCGGAAAUGAUACGCGAGGAAGAGCGGGCCAAAAUGUUGGAGAACUCACACACUUGGAUGGGCGCUUCAAGCUCUUCGACAAUUGCAGCAGACAGCUAUCAAUAUCAAUUGCAGUCCAUGUGGCAGAAAUGUUGGAACACUAAUCAAAGUCUCAUGCAUCACCUGCGCUUCCGCGAACGUGGCCCACUGAAGUCGUGGCGCCCUGAAACAAUGGCCGAGGCUAUAUUUAGCGUGCUCAAGGAGGGACUCUCACUAUCGCAGGCGGCACGUAAAUACGACAUACCCUACCCAACAUUUGUAUUGUAUGCGAAUCGUGUACAUAACAUGCUCGGCCCUUCCAUUGAUGGUGGACCGGAUUUACGACCAAAAGGGCGUGGUCGACCGCAGCGCAUAUUGCUUGGCAUUUGGCCGGAUGAACAUAUUAAGGGUGUCAUUAAGACAGUUGUCUUCCGCGAUGCAAAGGAUCUCAAGGAUGAUAGCAUAGUGCCACAUUUACCUUAUGGUCGGCACUCGCCCAUGUUUCCAUUUCAGGAUGGUCCGCUUAACUACCCUGGUAUGAGUGGUCCCUGUCCGAAUGGUGUGCCCACACCCACCGGUGAUCAGAUGUCGCAAGAAGCCACCGCUGCCGCUGUGGCCGCCGUAGCACACAAUAUACGCCAGCAAAUGCAAUUGGCUGCAGCCGUACAACAUCAACAUCCGUCGGAGGGUCCUACGGGUCCUGGUUUAUUCAAUAUACCUCCGCAUUUGCAACCACAUUUAGCCGCCGCAGCAUCGGCUGGAACUGGUGGCGCUGCGCCAGGUGUGCAUGGCUCUGUACCGCUACCAAAGACGAGCAUAUCUCCUGCGUUGAGUACCACAUCGAACCCUAGCGCGGGCACAAUGCUUGGACCGCGGCAUGCUCCAUCGCCCUGCGGUCCUGGUUUGUCCGGUCUCCCGCCGAACAUACCGCCCAGCAUGGCGAUGGCGCUGCAUAUGGGUCGUUGCGAUCCAACCGGUGUACUCAGCCAACAGCAACAGCAUCAGUUGCAACACCUACACAUGCAACAGCAGCAAGCAUUGCAGCAGCAACAACAGCAGCAUCAUCAGCAACAGCACCAGCAGCAACAACACGGAUUUGGUUACGGUGUUAGUUCCAUACCUCAUCAUGGCGCAGCCUCAGCAUCAGCAACAGCAACAUCAUCUUCCAGUCAACAUUACCAACAGCACCAACUCCAGCACCAGCAGCCACAAGCUCAACAACAACAGUUGCAUCAACACCAGCAACACCACCAAUCAGCGAGUGUUGGUGCCACAGCCACAAAAGCGAAAUGCCCCUCCCCCUCAUCGUUGCUUGAACAUCGUCGCAGCAGUCCAAGCGGCAAUUCACACCUACACUCUACACUCACCGAGUUAGGCUUGGAUAUGGGCUAUAAGACAACGCGUAGCAGCGCUUACUCACCAACUCGUCUCUUCUCCGAAGACUUGGCAGCUUUGGUGGGUGCUAGCGAAGACUCACCUCCGGGCACAACGGCGUCCUCCACAAAUGUUAGCAGUACCAGCACAGUGACGACGCCGGCAAUGUCCGGCAGUCACGCGGAUGUUAGCAUUACCUCGAGUGCAACGAGCGGUAAUAUAAGUUCCAGUAAUAUAAAAAUCGAACCCAUCACGACAAGUAGCGAAUAAACAAAAUACAUUACUUUCCUACAUAGUUAAGAUGUCGUUAUGUUCAAUCGAUUUAAUUUAUUUGUAACCACAACCAGUUGGAGGCAUACUUUUUUGGAGGAAAAAUUUUCGUGUUAUCGAAAUUUGUGUUAAAAAUUCGUUGUCCUUUUAAAGUUCUUUACUCUUGUUGAGUAUAAAAACCCUUUUUUCAUAAAUCUUUGUCUGACUC